AUGGCGCUCAGGGCCCCUGAGGCCCCCCAGGAUGGGGAUACAGAGGAAGACACAGCCACGGCCCUCCAACGGCUGGUGGAACUGACAGCCAGCAGGGUGACAUCAGUGAGGAGCUUACGUGUCCAGUAUCGCCUCAUCCGAAAACUGGGGUCCGGUUCCUAUGGCCGAGUGCUCUUAGCCCAACCUCGCCAAGGGGGUCAAACUGUGGCUCUCAAGCUCCUCCCACGGGACUCAGUCCUGAAAACAACCUUUCUGAGAGAGUUCUGUGUGGGCCGCUGCGUCUCCUCACAUCCAGGCCUGCUGCAGACCUUGGGAGGGCCCCUGCAGACCCCAAGACAUUUUGCCUUUGCCCAGGAAUAUGCACCCUAUGGUGAUCUCAGCGGGAUGCUUCAGGAGAAGGGCCUCCCAGAGCUGAUGGUGAAGCGGGUAGCGGCCCAGCUGGCUGGAGCCCUGGACUUCCUCCAUGGCCGGGGGCUGGUACAUGCAGAUGUCAAGCCUGACAAUGUGCUGGUCUUCGAUCCUGAUUGCAGCAGAGUGGCCCUAGGUGACCUGGGUUUGACCCGACCAGAGGGCAGCCCAACCCCUGCCCCACCUGUUCCUCUGCCCACUGUACCACCUGAACUCUGCCUCCUGCUAUCACCAGAUACCCUACCCUUGCGGCCAGCAGUGGACUCCUGGGCCCUGGGGGUGCUUCUUUUCUGUGCCGCCACAGCCUGCUUCCCUUGGGAUGUGGCAUUGGCCCCUGACCCUGAGUUCGAGGCCUUUGCCGGUUGGAUGACUACCAAGCCCCAGCCCCCUCGGCCACCAGCACCCUGGGACCAAUUUGCACCCCCAGCUCUGACCUUGCUCCAGGGACUUCUGGACCUGGAUCCUGAGACUAGGAGCCCCCCACUGGCUGUCCUAGAUGUCCUAGGGGACAAUUGGGGGUUGGAUGGAAGAAGAGAGGGGCCCAGUUGCUUGAAGAGUGUAUCCUGUGAAGAUGGGGAGGAAGGAGAAGAGGGAGGAUCAAGCUUGGAGGAGUGGACAGAUGAGGAGGGAGAUGAAAGCAAAGAUGGUGGGAGGCUGGGGAUGGAUGGGGAAAUGCCCUGA